AUGAGGAGUACUUCUCAAUUUCUUUGGCCGAUCAUCUUCACCUUGAGCUUCAUCGUGUGCCCAUUAGGGUCGAACGCUUCCCUACUGCCCUUCCUUGACCGCACAGAUCUCUUUGACCGGUUUCCGGAUCCUUUCCGAGUGCUAGAACAGGUACCGUUGGGCCUUGAGAAGGACGAGAUACGUACAGCGCUCUCUUCGGCACGCGCGGACUGGAGGGAGACCCCGGAGGUCCACGUGAUCACUCUCGACGUGCCAGGGCUGAAAAAAGAGGACAUGAAGAUAGAGGUGAAGGAGAACCGGUUACUGAGAGUAAGCGGGGAGAGAAAGAGUGAGAAAAUGAGAAAAGAUGACCACUGGCACCGCGCGGAGCGGUGCCAUGGCAAGUUUUGGAGGCAGUUUAGGCUACCAGAGAAUGUGGACUUGAAUUCCAUCAAGGCCAAAUUGGAGAAUGGGGUUCUCACUCUAACACUUUACAAGUUGUCACCUGAUAAGAUCAAGGGUCCUAGGGUGGUUAACAUCGCCGGAUCAUCAGAUAAUCAUGAUCAACAUGGCAACAUCAACGUCAACGCUCGGGAUCAGGCCAAGCAGGAGCUUUAA